AUGGCCUUAGAAAAUAUGUAUAAAAAUAUUGAUCAAAAAAGUGAAGUAACCAAGGAGAAAAUCAAAAAUGCUGUGAUGAAAGGAUCUUAUACUUUUAAAAGAGAUGCUAAAGGAGAUAAAUGUAAUGCAUUAAUGACAUACACAUCUGACAAAGUUCAAAAAUCAUCUUACACCUUUAAUGAUCUUCAAGAUUUACGUGGCCGUGCAUUAUUGAUUGCAAAACCAACUGUGGUAAACCUUAAUCUAUCAGUUGAGAAUGCAUUGGAAGAUGAUCAAAAUAUUAAAAAUUCCAUGGAUGUGUUUGUUGAACAAGUUGAUGUGGCUCAGGAUAUAAUAAAUUUUUCAUCAAAACUUGUACAAAUUGGACAUUUUGAAUUCAGGAAAUUUGAUGUGACUGUAAAGGGAACAGAUAAAAUGAAAGAAUUAUUAAAACAAUGUAAAGAAAAAUUAAGUGAAUGGGAGGAUAUCAUGAACAAAGCACAAGAAAAUCAUUACUAUUUAACAUUUUUCCCUGGCCGACACAUCCUUACAUUCUAUGAUUAUUUUUCAAAUGUCAACAAUCCUAAUGUGAUUGAAGAAUGUCAAAUACUUAUUCGAUUUGUAAAUAGAAGAGCUGAAUUACCUUCUGAUAAAAAGAUCAUGGGGAUUUCUUCUAAAAAGAAUAAUUACUAUGAUAUCCUCUGUGAAAUUGGUAAAAAAUUACAACUUAUUUUUGAAAAACUUCCUAAAAAAAUUCGUCAGGUCAAAAAUAUAGAUGAUCGUGUAAUGUCAGAUGUUGUACUUAAUGGCAAAUUAUUUGUGGCAGCUUGUGAUGAGAAAUUACGUGUUCCAAAUAUCAUUAUGUCAUUAUAUGCUAAUAACAGAUCACACCCUGAACCAUGGCAACUUUUAAUAUGCACACCUUUAACAACCUCAGAAGAAUUAACAAUUUUUAUUAAGCGUUGUUUUUUUGCAGCAAAUAAUGGGCAUAAAGAUCAUUUGUUUUGCAUAGCAAAUUUGGAAUUAUUAGAUUUUGAAUUACAAUAUAACUUGGUUAAAUUUAUCAGAUUGAUGUGUAAACGUGAAAAAAAUUAUUUGUUGGCAUUGAUUUGUUGUCGUGAGCCUGGAAUACAUCAUCACAUUUUAGAUCAAUUUUCACAAGAUGUAUGUGUAACUAAUGGGCUGAAUACUGAAUCAAUGAAAACAAUAUUCCAUGAUUUGUGUCCAAAUGUGACUUCUUUAUCUUCAGAUCUUUCUGGGCAAGGAAAAACAGAAUGGAUUAAACAAGACAGUUUUGAAAAAGGAAAAGUUACUUGUAGUCUUUUAAUCAGUGAUGGUUUAAAUUUUAGUAAGCUUGUUAGUCAGCUUAAAGAAUGUAAAUUACGAAAAGUAGAAAGUUUACACUUGAACAUUGUUUCAGCUGAAAACCCUAGUGAAGUAAACAUGUUUCUUUUUGAAUUAUUAAUUUUAGGAAUAGUUUCUAAUAGUGUAGAUAUAGCUAUUUUACCUGCAACUGAAAUUUAUAUUGAGGUAGCUUCAACAACUGAACAAAAAUUAUUAAACUCUAUGCCAAUUACUAGUUAUUUGAGAAGGAAACAUUUGUCAUGGGACAUCAAUAACCUUGUAAUAUCUCAAGAGAUCAACAGUCCAAUUCAAAUAGUAUGUCAUUAUUUAAAUGCAUUUGAUCGUAAGGCUAUUGAAGAGAUAGAUAUUCUAUUCAAGACUGACAAAAAAAUUACAGUUCCUUUGCCUGCAAACAUGUGUCAUGGACUUAUUACAAAAUAUUUCUUUAAUCAAAAUGCUGAUGAUGUUUCAUCAUUUAGAUUUAUAGAAAUUUUUGUGAAUGUGUUUGCUGACCAACUAGUAAGAUUUUCUUCAAGAUUUUGCAACCAAAUCAAUCAAAACUAA